CUUGCUUAAAUUGGUUGCCAGAGCAGGCCAAGAAAAAGAGACCAGUUGCCCUUAUGUCCCAUAACAAACCCAACUACAAAAACCCACCUCUUCCCCCCACCCUUCUCUGGCAUCGAUCACUCUCUCUCUUUUGCCUAAUUAAUUCUCUCUCUCUCUCUUCUUUCAGGCAUUUUCACAAACACUUUCCAAAAACAAACGUUUCUCUUUUUCACUAACAUGGCAAGACCACAACAGCGAUAUCGAGGCGUUCGACAAAGGCAUUGGGGUUCUUGGGUAUCUGAAAUUCGCCACCCUCUAUUGAAGACUAGAAUUUGGCUAGGCACAUUCGAGACGGCUGAGGAUGCAGCACGAGCCUAUGAUGAAGCUGCAAGGCUUAUGUGUGGACCAAGAGCUAGGACCAACUUCCCUUAUAACCCAAACGCAUCACAAUCAUCAUCAUCCAAACUUCUCUCUGCAACUUUGACGGCCAAAUUGCACAGGUGCUAUAUGGCUUCACUGCAAAUGACCAAACAAACAUCACUUUAUGAACAGCAAAAACAAAAGGCGCCAACUUCAUUUCAUAACACGACAAGCACAACCACUCCCACUAAUGGCAUUGCCAUAAAAAAUGAGGAAAUGGGUACUCUGCUGCAAGAGAAAUGUCCAUUGCAAUUUCAAGUUGACAAUACCCAACAGUUUAAACCUCUUGAAGAUCACCACAUUGAACAAAUGAUUGAAGAAUUGAUUGAUUAUGGGUCUAUUGAGAUAUGCUCUACUGUCUCACAUCAGCCACUGUGAUAAUGUGCAAUAAUAAAUGCACAUUCUUGCAUAAUUUGCUAAUUUAACCCAAUUUUUAUUGGCCUUUUCUAUGGCUUUUCAAGUGUUUUAAUGGUUUUAGAGUUUAGACCCAUCUUUGGUUCCCUAGAAGUAUUCCCCUUAAGUGACUCAUUGGAUUAUGCUUGAUGUACAGUAGAGUAUUUCAUAAGUUAUAUAUAUAAUGUUGCCCUAUGCAUUAUAUAUUUCUUAGUUCCCGAACAAUUCAGUGGAAUUCUUUCUGCUUCUUAUAUAAA